UGUUGUGUUUUUUUACAUGUGUGGGUUUUUCAAUCAACGACGUGCAGUGCAGAAAUUAUGAUUAUUUCGUGAAAUAAAAUAAUACCGAUGAUGCUGACGGCGACGACGGCAACGACGCUGCACGCGGAUCUGUCGAGCGGCAAUAAUUACGGCAACGGUCAUGUGCAACAGCAGCAGCAAUUGUUAGCCGCGCAGAAUUCCGCUGGCGCGAUUCACCACGCGCCCCAAGACUUCACCGUCUCGAGGCUGCUGUCGAGAGGCAAUCGCAAUUUAGAUUGCAACGGCAACGCAUCGAGCGCAGGCCGCAGACCUCGGCGCAGCCGCACGACCUUCUCGGCGCAACAGUUGGCCGCCCUCGAGCGCGUCUUCGAGCGCACCCACUAUCCGGACGCGUUCGUGCGCGAGGAGCUCGCCACCCGGGUCUCGCUGUCCGAGGCUCGCGUUCAGGUCUGGUUUCAGAAUCGUCGGGCCAAGUUUCGCCGGAACGAGCGCAGCUUGACCGUCGGCCGCGGCGGCUCCUCCUGCGGCCUGCAGAUCGGCCGCGCGGACCUGGAGACGACGAGUCUGCCGCUGAGGCCGAUACAUCGAUCGCCGAUCGUAUCGACGACCUCGUGCGGGAUCAACGGCAACAAUAACAAUAAUAAUAAUAACAGCGUCGACGCGAUGCCGAUGGAUCAUCACCAUCAGCAUCAUCACGGCUUUCAAACGGCGUCGACGACGACGAGCGGCUACGGGAGCUACGUGGGCGAUUACUGGCGAGCGUCGAUGCAGCAGCAUUACGGCAGCAAUAAUGGCAUAGCUGCUGCAUCGUCGACCGCACAGACGACAACGAGCACGGCGUCGUCGACGAGCAGCUGCUUCGUCAGUUCGGCCGCGGCUGCGGCGGCUUUCAUAGCCGGCAACGUCUUUCAUCAUCACCAUCAUCAUCUGCACCCGAGCGGCAGCAACCUGACCAGCCGACUGAGAUCGGCGGCUGCUCAUCCGCAGUACGCGACGACGGCGACGACGAGCUCCGGUGCGCAGAGCGGCUAUCACGCGACGAUGUGAGAGGAUCGCUGCGCGCAAUUCUUUUUUCUCUUUUUUUUUUGUGUAAAUUUACUAAAGGCAAUUAAAAAAGUAAUCUCAGGUGCUAUGAUAAAAGAACUAAACGAAAGCGAGUGAAUUUAGAAAUUUUAAGCGUGCAUAUAAUUGCGUGUAGCGUGUUUAACUUUCUCUACGUCCGCUGCUGGUGAAAACCAAAGAAGCGGCCUGUACAUAAUAUAAAUACUAUAUAUUUUAUUUAUAACGCAAAUUGUAAAACUCAA